AUGAUCCAAAGAAUGGCAACGAGAGGGUUUGUUGAAGGCCUAGACAUCAUAAAGGGCGAAGUGCGGGGAAUGUGCCAGGAUUGCAUUCUCGGAAAGCAAGAUCGAGCCCCGUUUGAUGACGAAGUUGUCCACAAGAACAAUGCACUGGAACGCGUCCACCUCGACCUGUGGGGGAGAGCUCGGACACCAAGCUGGGGAAGAGCAGUGUACCUACUGUUAAUCUCGGAUGGGGGAACCAGCAUGAAGUUUCCCGUAUUCCUGGCAGACAAGCGCAAGGAGACCGUCCUCAAGGCUUUUGCAGCGUGGGUGACGGAAGUUGAGGUUCAAACGGAACGGAAGCUAAAGGUUGUCUGA